AUGGUGGCAAACCUGUGUCUUACUCAUGAUAAUAGUCCUGCUCUUAGUGAUAUUGGCAGCUACAGACGCCUGAUAGGCAGACUAUUAUAUCUCACCGCGACUCGACCGGACAUUGCCUACACAGUUCAGCAGCUAAGUCAGUUUGUUGGUGCUCCUAUUGAGGCUCAUAUGUCCGCUGCUCAUCGCCUUCUACGUUACAUCAAGAACGCUCCUGGCCAGGGGCUACAUUACCCAAAGAAUGGCAGUAUGCAGCUUACAGUCUUUUCUGAUUCAGAUUGGGCGACUUGUACUGAAACAAGGAAAUCAAUCACUGGGUUUUGUGUGUUUCUUGGAUCAGCACUCAUUUCCUAG